UAUUUUAUAUUUUAUUUUUGGUGUUCUUAGGAGUAUUUAACAGAAAAUUACUAGAUCUGGCGACUUCUGAUACGUAACACGACUUAAGUUGAAUUCAGGACAAGACUACCUGAUUACAGUGCAGAACUCUAUUUUCCAGCCAUGAAUUCCCUGUCUAUACUCCGCAGUGGCCCGUCAAUUGCACGAGCUUUGGGUUUAAUCAAAGCUUCGAAUUCCAUUCCCCAUAAUACAGCUUUUUCUUUCUCUCCUCGUCCUCUUGAAUGCCGCAGGUAUCAAGCGUCUGCUACAUGUAAAUUAUGGAAAAAGGAUUGUAAUAGGGCCCUGUCAUCUGUUAAAGCCACCAAUGAUGAAGAGGCUGCUGCCAGAGUCACUGCAGUAGAUGCCGAUACAGGGGCACCCACUAUAUUUGACAAGAUAAUUGCAAAGGAGAUCCCUUCGUCCAUAGUAUAUGAGGAUGAUAAGGUCCUUGCUUUUCGGGAUAUUAGCCCACAAGCUCCUGUCCAUGUUCUUAUUAUUCCAAAAUUUAGGGAUGGUUUAACACAGCUUGGCAAGGCUGAACAAAGACACGGGGAGGUAUUGGGUCACCUUCUUUAUGCGGCAAAAUUAGUGGCGGAGAAAGAGGGCAUUGUUGAUGGUUUUCGUGUUGUUAUUAACAGUGGUCCAUCAGCUUGUCAAUCUGUUUAUCAUCUUCACUUGCAUGUACUUGGAGGGAGACAGAUGAAAUGGCCCCCAGGUUAAGAUACAGAUUCAGAUGCCUAAAGUUUCUUGGUUUUGGGGUUUCGUCAGUUGCACUCUCUCCCCAAGAAUCCAGUACCUUUAAGCUCUUAAUAGCAUAAGUUUUUCUUCUGAAGCCAAGAUGGCAUAUUAUGUGUUGAAACUGUGAAAAUAUACCCACUUCUGUAGUUGGUCUAAUAAAUUCCUGUAUAAUCUGAGGGAUUACGAGUCAUUGGUUUGAUUUCGAUCCAUAGUAUUCUGUUCCCAUUAGCUCGUUGAUGUGAUCGUGCAAACUAGUUUUACA